CCCGGCUCCUGACCUCGGUUCCUGUGCUCCCGCCGUCGUCCUCCAGCGCAGGACUCCGGGCUCCAGCUCCGGUGUUGGGUGUGUUCUUUGCGGAUUUUACCACCCUGGAAUUGUUCCGUACGCGCAGGCGCGCGGGGCUCUGCCGUGCACUCUGCUGAGCUAGCGGACUGCCCACCUCUCUAAAACGUCCUGUAACUGCGGUUCCGGGAGUGGAAACCUAAACGCGCGUGCGCUUCUUCCACGCCACGGAAACCGUGCAGGCCUGGUGUGGUCUCCAAAGUGACUGAACAAUGCAGAAGGACAGUGGCCCACUGGUUCCUUUACAUUAUUAUGGUUUCGGCUAUGCGGCCCUGGUGGCUACUGGUGGGAUUAUUGGCUAUGCAAAAGCAGGUAGUGUGCCGUCCCUGGCUGCUGGACUCUUCUUCGGGGGCCUGGCAGGCCUGGGUGCCUACCAGCUGUCUCAGGAUCCCAGGAACGUGUGGGUUUUCCUAGCUACGUCUGGGACUUUGGCUGGCAUUAUGGGGAUGAGAUUCUACAACUCUGGGAAAUUUAUGCCUGCAGGUUUGAUCGCGGGAGCCAGUUUGCUGAUGGUUGCCAAACUUGGACUUAGUAUGUUGAGUUCACCCCAUCCGUAGUAGCCAUAGCCCUGCGUGGGCUCAUGACGAGUUGACACUCUCCAGACCUCCACAUUACCACGCUGAAGGGAUAAGAACAGCAAAGACCUACACUGAGCACGUGGAGGCGAAGACGUGGUUACUGUAGUGACCGUUCAGAGACGGCGAGUGUCUGACCUCAGAGCUCACACUGCCUUCAUGUGGCUUGUUCUUGUGUCAUGAUGUCUCGACUCUCUGUACUACUAGAUAAAGGGGUAAAAUGUUGGGUGUCAACACUGGGGGCCCAGAGCUACAUGUCCUGCCGGGAAGUUGUGAAAUCUCUUGGUGACGUUUGUGAUGUGGGAUCUUUUGCACAGGUCUGCUAUGAAAUUAUGUUACGGCAACAUUAUCAGUGAAAAUAAAGUUUUCUAUUAAGAACAA